AUCUUUUAAACUAUAUCAUACUACUAUCUUUUUCAAUCACGUUUACAGAAAAUAUGUACAAUAUAAUUCCAUACUGUGUUGCUAAAACAACGAUUAAUUUCACUGUAAAGCCGCUGUUCUAAAAUCAGAAGACUCAUUAGCUGGCAGCUUAAUUUCCAUCACGUUAAACACGAUGAUUUUUCACUGAAGAAUCUGACAGCUGCUUCCCUCAUUGAUGGAUUAACUGGGACGUUACACCUAGCAUUUCGACAGACUUAAUCCAACCUUGGUUAUAUAACGUCUAUGUCUGGUUUUACUACAGUAGUUUUAGUACUAGUUAUCAGCGAGACUGUGAAAGUACCUGCCAUACACAUUAAGUACGUGCUAACGGCGAACGUAGCUUGGACUAGCUUGGAAGUUCGUCUGCAACGGCUUGAACAAGUGUCAGAGAGCUCAUUCAUUAGUAAACCCUGAACACUCAUGGCAUCCUUUCCGCCACAUAACUUCUCCUGGGUGGAGCCAGGCAAACUGGCUGGACUGGCUAUGCCCAGGUUGCCAUGUGAAUACCGGUAUAUGAUGGACAAUGGCAUCAAGCACCUGGUUUGCCUCUGUGAGAGGAAACCACUCCACCAUGACUCAUGCCCAGAGUUGAACCUUCACCACAUCAAGAUAGCUGACUUCACUCCUCCUUCUCCAAGUCAGAUUGAUAGAUUCCUCUCUGUUGUGGAAGAGGCCAACUCCAAGGGUGAGGGUGUGGGAGUUCACUGCAUGCAUGGUCAUGGGAGAACAGGAACCAUGCUGGCCUGCUACCUGGUGAAGACCAGGAAGAUUUCUGGGAUCGAUGCAAUCAACGAGAUCCGUAGACUGCGGCCAGGUUCAAUCGAAACUCAUGAACAAGAGAAGGCAGUAGUGCAGUUUUAUCAGCGCACAAAGUAACAUUAAUUAACUGCUUCAGUUACUGUUAA